UCUAAAGUAUAAUAUAUGUAUCUGAACCAAAGAUCUUUGAUCCGAAUCCGCAAGCAUUUUGCUUUUUUGCCGCGAAAGCAGGUGGCACCCUAGUACGAGUAGCCCAGCUGGUGAAGUAAACACACGAAUUUCAUGUACUUCGGUUUUUGUGCCCCCAUUUUUCCAGCCUGCAAGCGUUAGUUGGUCCAAAGAUUGUGCGAAUGUCCGCCCAAAGUAUCACAUGUCCAAAGGUGCUUUUCAGGUACCUCAUGAGGCAAUGCCAACGCCUUCCAAAAGGUCCCAAAGAACACUACCAGCAUUACAUCAAACAGAGUUUUAAGCAACAUGUGCACGAGAAAGACCCAGAAAGGAUUCAGGAGAUCAUGAAAAGAUCAGUGGAAGACGCAGAAUGGAUAAUGAAAAAGUAUAAAAACUACAAGGCUCCGGGCAGCACAAAAGUUCCAGGCGUGUGAGUGCGAUGCUCAAAAAAUUAGAAUUUGAAUAUUUUAAGUCUGAUAAAUCUACUCUUGCUGUAUAAAAAGAGGGCAAAUUCCGCGCACGUAAUACUUUAGAAGUGGCAAAUAAAAUGAUGUCCAUAAUUUGAAUGAAUGAAUUGUAAAAUAAAAUAAUCAAAAAAUCAUUUGAAAAU